CGGAAGCAGUAUAACUUGAGCCGUAGAUUGCUAUUUUGCUACUCACAUUUUGCCUGGACUUGGCCUGGCUUUACCGAAAUGAACUGCAUGCUGCGAGGCUUCGCAAUUUUGGGCUUGCUCUGCUUCAACGCCGUAGUAUCUUCUGCGAGGACUCUGCACGCUGCAGACACCAACGUCGCUGUGAUUCAGGCGGCGGACACGGAUGUCGACGUGGGCUCAGAUGUGGGCUCAUGGUGGGGCAGGCGCGUGGAGGUGCUUCUGGCGGUCAUGAGCCGCUGCCCCGACGGCAGGCGUGCAGAGGCGCGCAUCAACGAGGUCCUGGCCAAGGUCCACUCCAUCGCCGACGUGCGCCUCAUGUACAUCGCCGCCAAGAACGAGUCCGCGCAGCCGCUGGGCGUCACCUGCAAGCACGGCGACCUGGAGUGCGCCGGCAAUGCGCAGCAGCUGUGUGCCGCCUACUACGGCCGCCACGGCCACAGCUCCGGCACCACUGGCGGCGACCCGUGGACCCGCGGCUGGGACUUCAUCAUGUGUCAGAACAAGUCGCCGGCUGACAUCGGGACUGAGGAACUGGCGGAGCGGUGCUUGCAGGAGGCUGGCUUCACUGAGCACCGCGCCAACCUGACCCGGGCUUGCUGGAACGGACCCGAGGCUGGCCCCAUCCUGCGUAAAUCGGCCGCCGAGGCCCUCCGCCGCAAGGCCUACAAAUCCGCCACCAUCUUCAUUGGCGGCGCUUACCGCUGCACUCACGAUGACGCGCAGUGGUACGACUGCCCCGGCGGCUCCGAGGUGGACGACUUCGUGGCCACAAUCUGCGCCACCUACUUCCGCUACACCAGCAUGUGGCCUGAGGAGAUCUGCGGGCCCGAGCCCCCCGACGUAUCGCCCACCGCAUGAGCCUGAAAAGCAUGUGGGGCUGUUGGCUGGUUGCGUGCACCUGGGCUGUGUGCGGCUUGGCGCGCUGGGGGGCAGCAGCCAGGCCCUCGGGCUGUCGCGAGCUGGAGGCUCUUCUUCGCCGCGCAUUCCCAAUGUUGUCGGGACAUAGAGAUGCGCACGUUGUAACACGUGAGAAAA